ACACAGUUAUCACCCAAAAUCCCCAGCUAGUUUCGCCACGCUUGCAUCUUCUUCUGAUUUAAGCUAUGGCCUCUAACUUCAGCUUGAGGACUUUGAUGAUAUUUGCCCUUGCAUUCUCUCUCGCCCUGCAAGGCACUCUUGGGGCGAUAGAAUGUGAGGAUCUGAAGCAUGACACGUGCUCAUUCGCGGUGUCAUCAGCUGGGAAACGGUGUGUGCUUGAGAAGCAUGUGAAGAGGAGUGGUGAGGAAGCGUACACAUGCAAGACAUCAGAGAUUGAUGCUGAUAAACUGAAGGACCACAUUGAAACCAAUGAAUGCAUCAAGGCUUGUGGGUUGGAAAGAAAGUGCCUCGGAAUCUCUUCAGACUCUCUUCUUGAAUCUCGCUUCACACAAAAACUCUGCUCCCCUCAGUGUUACCAGAAUUGCCCAAACGUUGUUGACUUAUACUUCAAUCUCGCAGCUGGUGAAGGUGUGUUUCUUCCGAAGCUAUGUGAAGUACAAGGUGCAAAUGCUCGUCGAGGAAUGGCUGAACUGAGAAGCUCUGGUAUAGUGGCACCAGGACCAGUGCACUCUGUGCAGUUCGAAGCUUCUGCACCAAUUAACCCAGUGGAGUUCACAAUUGAACCCGCGGCUGCCCCGUCAUUCCCACCAUACUAA